AUUGGCGCAUGCGCACGCCGCGUUGUCUGGCAGUGGUAAACAGACGUCAGAAGGGAGUCUUCGCCUCGAGUCAAAACAAAACAAAACAAAACAAGAAAGAUCUACGAGGAAUAGCUGUUUGUGUAUCUCCAUUAACAGCAGAAGGGAAAGGAUUUCGCGUGAAUUUCAACGGACGACCGAGUUAGUGAGGAGAAGCGGGUUUCUUCGACUUUUACCGGAGGGAUAUUAACUCAUAAAAACUGGAGUUGGCUAACUAGGUGGCCAUCUAGUGAGUCUCUCAGUAGUAAAACUACGCGGUCGAGUUUUGUCCCAGAGACGAUUGAAUUGAAGAAGCGGACAACCGACAGUUUUUUUGUCUUUUCGAAGAGCACAUUUGGGGAUUUAGGACGGCUUCUACGGGACGGACACGUUCGGCUUAGAUGUGCCCGCAUCGUGUGUAGCUGCGUCUCGAGGAACAUGGCAGAUGGUGACAUGCGCCAGCACACAGCGUGGAGGACCGUGCAAACUUGAACGACAAUAACACAGUUUUUUUUAUUGUAUGGUAAACCCCGUAAAAGUACCCGUUAUGAUCUAGCACUCCUGUAAGAUAUGAUCUUGGUCUUUUUUCUUUUUUUUUUUAAAUGUAAAAUUUAGUUCGGUAUGAAUUAAGUUUUACACACGGCUUCUUUUGGCGAUUUAACAAUCUUUGAGUUGGGAUGCAACUUUACGUUUGUGCGUUUUUAGCUUCAUAAUGGAUCCCGAUUAAUAAAAUAACGCGUCUUUGUUCAAUUUAACAGGCAGCUCUGACAAGUAAUUCCCAUUCACUUGAAAUCGUUUACAAGGACAGUAUUUUGACAUACACUCGUUUACAAGAGAAAAUAGCGUACGACGUGAUGCUUUUAUAUUAGUUGGUUUAUUAAUAGUUUGUAAGCUGGUCUACUCCUGUUUUUUUUAAUUGCGAAAGCCAAUCAACCAUUCGCUGCUAUAAUAGGAACCAGUGGGAGGUGGUUAUUUUAGCAAUUACAACGCAUGUUAUGAUUGGUUUUGCGAUUUCACCUCAACUAGAAUUUUUUUUUUUUUUGUAUAAGGGUGUAUAAUUAUCUACGGAAAGUUCAUAGAUCAUCCCAUCACUCCAGCGCAUGUUUUCCUGUGGUUUAUCUCAGUAUAUGCUCUUGACAAUCCAGCUGUUUUGAUUUUCCUUUGUUCUUAAUACAUUAAACAAAGAGACCCCUUCCAUCCUCGUUUGCUCUAUGUAAAUCAGAAGGUUUAUGUUAGUUACUAUUAAGGAGAUUAUUUGGCCCCUUUAAUCUCCAAUCUGAGGAUUAACUGACGCUAUAUUGGCGAGUUCAGAUUAUUACGAAUUUAGUCAGGAUAAUUUAUACUGUGGUGUAAUAUAUUAAGGACGAAAAAAACUUAUUUUGUUAUAAAUAGUAGUAUUCUUACUUUUCAUCUCCCGGAAUCGUGUUUUAAAAACUAGGUAAUUGAAAUCCAUCCUUCCUCUGAAAUUAUCUGGAUUGCAUCGCACAAUGGAGGAAGAAAACGUACCCCCGAUUGACCCAGAUUUUGAGCCGCAAAGCAGACCGAGGUCAUGUACAUGGCCGUUGCCUAGACCCGACAUCUCAGCUGUCAAAGCAGGGGGGGCCGAUGGCUCAGAGUCUGCCGCUGGAACUCCGCCCGCCGAGGAAGAUAAACACGAGCCUCAGCCAAUCAUAUCCGAGCCUGAGAAAGUCGCGGUGUCGGAGGGCGGGGUCGUCGCUGGAGUGGGCGGGGCCACGCCUAGGAAAGGCUCUUCCAGGCGUAAUGCCUGGGGUAAUCAGUCCUACGCAGAUCUGAUCAGCCAGGCGAUUGAAAACUCGCCAGAAAAGCGACUUACUCUGGCGCAGAUCUACGAUUGGAUGGUAAAAACGGUGCCGUAUUUUAAGGACAAAGGAGACAGUAACAGUUCCGCUGGGUGGAAGAACUCCAUUCGCCACAAUUUAUCGCUCCACAACAAGUUCCUGCGAGUGCACAAUGAGUCGACUGGAAAGAGCUCUUGGUGGAUGCUCAACCCUGAAGGCGGCAAGACCGGCAAAGCCCCUCGCCGUCGCGCCGCUUCGAUGGACAACAGCAGCAAACUGCUUAAAAGUCGUAUGCGAGCGAAGCAGACUAAAAACAAGGCCGGAGCGGCUGGGAUCGGAGGCUCUGGAGGUGCCCUGCAGGGUGAGGGUGCUUCUGGCACCGGCGGUGCCGACAGUCCCGGGCCUCCGGGUCAGUUCGGAAAGUGGGGGGUGAACAGCAGCAGCCCUUCCUCUCGGGGCAGCCUAGAUGACUCGGACAUGUGGACGAGUUUCAGGCCACGUACAAGCUCUAAUGCUAGCACGCUGAGCGGGAGGCUUUCUCCCAUUGCCACGGGGCAGGAGGAUGAGGAUGACCUACCUGAGGACGGCCUUCUUGGUGGCUAUUCCACAGGGAAUCUUCCCCCAACACUAACUGAGACGCUAAUGGAAGAACUGGAUUUGAUUGACGGGCUAACUUUAAUGACUGGCCCACAAGGUGGCGCGAGCCCAAGCACAGCUCCUCCUGCCCCGCCUCAGCCGUUGCCCUCAGCAUCCACCCUGUUGCCUCGAGGGCCCAGCUUUCCUUCAUUUCGGCAGCUGCAGCCAACAAAGGCUACGCAGGGAUCCACUCCGCCAGGGCCACAGAGCUCGGUGCCACCGAGCGCUGGAUCCAGAACAAGCCCGUCGAGCUUCGGAAACUCCCUCUUCAGCCCUCUGCCCGGUCCUGGUCACAGUGGUUUCAGCACUCACGUGCCCUCCAGCCUUGAAGCUCUCCUGACCUCUGAUUCGCCCCCACCCAGCGAUGUUAUGAUGACUCAGAUGGAUCCUCUCAUGCCGAGCCAAGGAGGUGGCGGGCUUUUGGGGCUCGGGGGAUCUAUGUCCAGCACCCAAGCUAAGGCAGGUCCAAUGUUGCUGAGCAAAGGCAUUGACACAAGCACAGUAGGGCAGAUGAGCCUCCAGCCUCAACCCCAACUCCAGCACUCACAGAUGGGUUUUGGAAUUAUGCACUCGGCCAUGAGCCAGGAACCACCUCAGCUUGCGACUAUAAAGACCCAGCAUCAGGUGCCAGGCGCUGGGAUUCUCCAGCACGGAGCUGUCCCGUCACCUGGUGGGAAUGGAGGCCUGCAAGGUCUAGGCCAGUUUGCAACACCGCCCUGCUUCAUGCCCUCCCAGGACCGUCUGCCUACAGACUUGGAUAUCGAUAUGUUCACUGAAAACCUGGACUGCGAUGUGGAAUAUAUUAUCAACAGUGAUCUUAUGGAUGGAGACCUGGUUGACUUCAACUUUGACCCCAUCAUACAGGGUGGACAGGGUCCGUAUACCGGGCCAGCAACCACACAGAGCUCCUCCCACAACUGGGUGCCCAGUUAACUUCAUUAUUAAAGAUGAGAACAGGAUUGUCCCCCAUUCAUAACACAACUUUGAAAACAGAUGUGGCACAUGGCCUGAACAUAUUCUCAAUUUUUUGCCUCUGCAUUUGCCAUUGUACCUCAAAUACAUAAACUGCUUCGGCUAAGGACGAUACACGCCUGGCCAAGAAGUCUCGUGUCAGAUUCUCAAUUAGACGACAAAAUCAAACCUCAUACAUGUCAAGUGCCAAGAGUGUGCUGUUGGACACAGAGAACAUGGUCUUGAAACAUAUUUACUCUUUUCUUUUGUCUUAUACAUGCAACAUUUUUGUUUGUUUUUUUGGAAGUUGCAGUUUUUUGGCCAAUCUUGGACUACAGCAUCACACCUAAAACAAAUAAUCACGUUUAUUACAUUUAUGCCUAUGAUGCGUAGUGUAAGAUGGAGAUGGUACUCCUCACUGAUCUUCUUUAUCCUGAUAACGGAACUCAUUCGGCCAGGAGGAUCAAACUCUGCAGCUUUUCUUGAUGUGAACUUUGUUGAACAGCAGUGGAGAAGACCAGGCAGCCGAGAUCGAUGGAGUGACUUCCACAGCUGACCUGACAUUGAGCACGAAAACAACAUGGCACCACAGGAAUGUUAAGUUGGGAAUGUUAAGUUGGGAACGUCGAGUGGCGACGGUUUCACCAACCACAGAGCAUGGCUGAACUGUUAAGGUGUGCUCUUUUUAAGUGGUAUGAAGCAUCAAAGUUUCUAGGUGGUUUGGUGACGCUGUGGUGUUCAGUGUGCAAUUAAUUUGGCUUUUAUGACCUCUGCUCUCACGUCAGAGGUUGAUAAAUGAAUGAUGAUUUAACUGUCUGCUCUUAAGUGUUUGUUAGUGAUAACAACAGUAUGAAGAAAUGUGAUUUUCCACAGGGCAUUUUGAUGCAUUUUUAAUCCUGCCAACAGGUUAAAUGGUAUAGUGUUAUUGUUGGAAACUCGGUGCCCUUUUGAAUGCAAUAUCUGAAGAUUUUGUGUGUGUGUGUGUGUGUGUGUGUGUGUGUGUGUGUGUGUGUGGAGGGUGUGUGUGUACAUUUGUGUGCGUGCAAAUAUGUUUAAUGCUCCCGAAACUUGAUUCCAACACACUGACAACAGAAUUCAAGGUUACGCUGAAUCAUUUCAUUUAAGUGCAGAAGUUUGUUUUCGGAGUUAUACGCAAGUUUGAAGCGAAUCUUGAAGAAACGUGGCUACAAUAAUGAGACGUUAUGGUUCCUCCAGCAUGUUUGACUGUGUCCACAGAUGCACAGAAGAAAAAACUAUUUUCUCAUUGUUCAGUUUUUCAUAAACAGCACUACUCAUAUUUUAUAAAAAAAAAAAUGUUAUUAAAGAACAAAAACAGUUGGAUAUAUCGACUAUAAUUCUAAUUUAGAUUGGGGCGUUUUCGUUAACAGACUAAUAAAACAUGCUGUUAAUGAGCUUUUUUAAUCUGAGCAGAAGCUAUUUCAGAUCAUUUUUAACGGUCAUUUUCUAUGUAAUCUUUUAUUUUUGUAAAAGAUGAAAUGCAUAUAGAUUUUAUACAAUAACCAAAGGAACACUAAGAACUGCAUGUUGGAUGGAUGGAUGCAUUGCAGUGUGGAUAAGCUUUACAAAACCUUUCCGAAAAAUCGUUGUAAUCCUAAUUUGAUUGAUUGCAUGAGUGCAACAGAAAAAAAUAUAGAACUCUUAAUUCGAGUUGCUUUUCUAAAUGUCUAAGGAUUUAUUUCAUCUCAACACGUGAGACUGGUCCAACCGAAAAUGAUUAAUGCAAUGUUUCACUCUCAGGGUUAUGAAAAAUAAUAAUUAAACAACUUCUGUUAGGAAGUAAUGAGAUAAUCAUGUUAUGACUUCAAAGCUCAUGGCCUUUUCUAAAUUAUGAACGUCAUUUAUGCAAGCCAACGUCACGUAGAUAUUUUAACAUUGCGGAAAUAUAUCUAAUGUUGCAGUUUAUUAUAAGAGAUUUAUCUAAUGUAUGCAUUUGUAGACUUCCUACAAAACUUUGUUAACUGCCAAUGAACACUAUAGCAUGUCGCUCCAGAGAAAACCAUACAGUUUUAAAGCCCUUUUCUUUCUACCUUUUCUGCAAUAGAAGGGUUGAUUUUAUUUAAUUAUUUGGUUUUAAAACCAGCAUUCUGAAGUUGUUUUGGUGUACAAAUUGGCUUGAGAGCUUGAUUUUAGUAACUCUUAUCACAUCAAUGUAAUGGUCUGAGCGCAUUAGAUUAAAUGUUAAAAUGCUCUCUCCUUACAGAGGAAUAAUUUUAUCCUAUUCAUCGGUGCUAGAUAUUACAUAUGACAAUUAAAGAGGGCCAUAUUUGAUUGGUGCGUUUGUAGAUAUCAGGGCCUUUAACAAUUUUAUGCAACGCAUAUUCUUAAUGUAGAGAACAUAGUAUGAGAAAUUUACCUUUGUUUUAAUUCCCAAACGCUCAGUUUUUGUAUAUUAUAAAAGAAGCUGUGAAUGGGAGGGAGGGGCUUGGCCGUCUCACCACAUAUUGUGUAACAGUGCACCUCACCAUUGGUGUAAUGUUUCGAUACAGCGAUUGAUGAUUUUUAAUCAACCGUUUACAUCGAUGUGCUUGUCUUUUGGGGCAUCUUUUCUCACUUUUUUAUGUUUGUACAUGUAACACAGCUCCUGUCUAAGAGUGAUUGUUAUACCUGCAUGGUACAUCUUUCAGAAAGCUUCAGGGCUGACAGUCACCUUUGACAUUUGUGUUAUUUGAGUGUUGAUUUGAAAGUGAUUUUUUGUGGUUACCACCCUGGCUUUGUUUAAUUUCUCUAAGUACAGAUAUUGAAUAUUGUAUUCGUCCCAUCAGACAGACGUCACAGGGCUGCUGCAUAAAAUGCAGCAAUUCCACACCUUCCCUCUUUCCAAAUCACUCUCACUUUCCUUGUUUGAUAUUAGCCUUCUUUUCCUUUAGUAGUCAUCCUUUUAGUUCCUUUACUUUUUCCAAGAGAGUUUGCUAAGUAUCCCAGGUUGAUAACACAGGACAUUAGUUUAUGCUCUGGGUUGGGUUUUUCUCUCUUUUGUUUUGGGUUAUGGCGGGAUGUAAAACUGACGAGUUGUGCAUAGCCAAUAUACUGUAUAUGUACUUGAUUGCUCUUUUUUUUUUUUUUUUUUUUUGGAUCAAUUUAUUUUGUCCCCCCCCAUAUUUUGUUAGUCAGAGGUCAUUGGAAGCAGUUCAGCAUAAUAGAAAUAAACCUAAUCUGUUUAACGCA